AUGUAGAAAGGUCAGCUACCCGAGAGACCUCCCCCAGAUCUCCCUCAUCUUCAUCUUCGUCAACGAGGCCCUGUCGGUGAUCCUGCGCUCGGUCCACUCGGCUGUCAAUCACACGCCGGCUCAUUUGCUCAAAGAGAUCAUCCUGGUGGACGACAACAGCGAUGACGAGCAGCUGAAGGGACCGCUGGAAGAGUACGUGAACAAGCGCUACCCGGGUUUGGUGAAGAUCGUAAGAAACCAGAAGAGAGAAGGGCUGAUCCGGGCCAGGAUCGAGGGCUGGAAGGUGGCCACCGCCGAGGUGACGGGAUUUUUUGACGCCCACGUGGAGUUUACGCCUUCAUGGGCCGAGCCGGUUCUCGCCAGAAUAAAAGAGGACCACAAGAGGAUCAUCUUGCCCUCGAUCGACAACAUCAAGCACGACACUUUCGAGGUGGAGCGCUACGAGAACUCGGGCCACGGCUACAACUGGGAGCUGUGGUGCAUGUACAUCAAUCCGCCCAAGCAGUGGUGGGACGAGGGAGACAUGUCUGCUCCCAUCAGGACUCCCGCCAUGAUCGGCUGCUCCUUCGUGGCCAACCGCGACUACUUCGGGGAGCUCGGUCUGCUGGACUCGGGGAUGGACGUCUACGGAGGGGAGAACAUCGAACUGGGCAUCAGGGUUUGUGUGUCACCCAGUUUCCUCCUGCUCCUGCUCCCUCUUUACCCCUGUAGGUUUAAGUGGAGCAGUGGCCACCGUUGCGUGGCACAGCUGAUAAAUGAGGCCCCAUUAAGAGUCCUGGAGGACCAGGCCUGUGUGUGCAGCUCACAGCAGGGCAAUGGAGAUAAAUAGGUCACAUGGAGCAGCAAGGUUGGGGAGGUUUUCUGUACGUUUUGAGAGAUUGUAGAGUCUGUCGUUGGUCUGCAGCAAUAUUUAGUUUUUUUUCCAAUCGGACU